CUAUUGAAACGCAAAGGCAGUGAUAGCGAAAAGUAUCUAGCUAUUUUGAUCUGUCAAAUGUUAUCGGUUCAGCAUACCGAUUUUCAAAAUUGUGGUCUAACGACUCCGAUAGACUAGCUAGAAGCCACUUUGGGGACGCUCUGCCAGCCGGACUGACAAUAGACGGGAUGAUCUCGGACUGGGGUCUGAUCAGUGAGAGGUCCCUGUGACUGUGAAUGUGUCUGUGAGGUACAUUAGGAUGAGCGGGCCCCACUCUAUCGCUGCCUACGGGGACUGAGAGACACCGCUCUAUACAAAGCAGUCGAUGCGGUCUUCCACCGCAUCACACGUGGCUGAGAAUCCAGCAUGUCUCGCGUCUCCACCACCGCCAAGCGUUACACCGGCUCCUCCUAUACCAGUGCCUAUAGCUCCUAUGGCUCCUCCCUGACGCCCUCCUCCCUCAGCUCCUACACCUCCGACCGGGACAGGCUGCCCUCCUACAGGAGCAACGCAGCCUCCUCCUCGGGCUACUCCUCCUCCAGCUACCUGAGCAGCGCCGCCAGCCGCGCCCGCAACUACAGCACCUCCUCGGAGCUCGACCGGGGCCGGCACAUCCCCCGCACUGACCUCCUGAGCAGCAGCAGCCGGCGCAGCGAGAGCCUGAGCCGCACCCCGGUGAAGACCUAUGGCUCGUCGGGCCUGAGCGGCGGCUCCGGUUACACUGGCUACAGCAGCUACUCCUCGUCCACCACGCCCAGCCGCUCCAGCUACCUCUCCUCGUCGCCCGGGGCCUCCAGCAUCUCCCUCAGCCGCCGGAGGUCGUCGAGCCAGAGUGACCUGACGCGGGACCUGUCGUCCCUGGGCCUCACCGAGCCCACGUCCCCCUUCUCCUCCUCCUCCAGCGCCCUGAGGGGUUACCGGAGCAGGGCCAGCGAUGUGGCCGACUCCUACAACAGCAGCCUGCAGAGCUCCAGCUAUGGCCUGUCCCACAGCGCCACACAGGAGGCCUUGAGCAGCAGCAGCCUGAAGAGCGGUGGUGGUAGCCGCUUCACCUCCUCCUAUGAGAGGAGCGACAGCAGCAGCAAUGGACGAUCCAGCUCCCUCACCAGGGACUCCCUGAACUCCAAGAGUGCCCAGGGCCUGGUGGGCCUACGGAACCUGGGAAAUACCUGCUUCAUGAACUCCAUCCUGCAGUGUCUCAGUAACACACACAACCUCCGGGACUACUGUCUGCACAACUCCCACCGACGCGACCUUAACAAAAACAGCCGCACCAACACCGGAGCGCUCAUGGAGGAAUUUGCCAAGCUCCUCCAGACCAUGUGGACGUCCUCGAGCAGCGAGGCGGUCGGCCCCUCAGAGUUCAAAACUCAGAUCCAGAGAUACGCCCCCCGAUUCGUGGGAUACAACCAACAGGAUGCCCAGGAGUUCCUGCGCUUCCUGCUGGACGGGCUGCACAACGAGGUAAACCGGGUCACGGUGCGGCCGCGGGGCAGCUCGGAGGACUUUGACCACUUGCCUGACCGAGAGAAAGGGGAUAGAAUGUGGAGCAAGUACCUGGAGAGAGAGGACAGCAAAGUAGUGGACCUGUUUGUGGGUCAGCUGAAGAGCUCGUUGACAUGCAGCACAUGUGGCUACUGCUCCACUGUCUUUGACCCCUUCUGGGAUCUCUCGCUACCCAUCGCAAAGAAGGGCUACGGAGAAGUGAGUCUGAUGGACUGCGUGAGUCUCUUCACCAAAGAGGACGUGCUCGACGGAGAUGAAAAACCAACGUGCUACAGGUGUAAAGCCAGAAGAAGAUGCACAAAGAAGUUCACUGUACAGAAAUUCCCCAAGAUCUUAGUGCUUCAUCUGAAACGCUUCUCUGAAGCGCGGAGAACCAGCAAACUGUCCACAUUUGUCAACUUCCCCAUGGAGAAACUGGACCUCAGGGAGUUUGCCUCGGAAAACAGCAUAAAUGCAGUUUAUAACCUGUACGCAGUGUCCAAUCACUCAGGCACGACCAUGGGCGGCCACUACACAGCGUACUGUCGCAACCCCACCUCGGGAGAAUGGUACACGUUCAAUGACUCCAGAGUAUCGCCAAUGUCCUCCAGCCAAGUGCGCAGCAGUGACGCCUACGUGCUGUUCUACGAGCUGGCCUCCUCCUCGCGGAUGUGAGGGCCUCCCGGAGGAGGAGGUGGAGGGCACUGCGGAUGGCGGGAGGGAGGAGGAAGAGAAGGAGGGCAAAGCCAGGCCCUUUA